AGUAGCCUUAGUUGUAAAGCCCGCCAUUUAGUCUGUAGUCUGCCCGAGAAUGUACAAAAGUAAACCAUUCCCUGGUUACCAUAGCAACCAUUGAUGUAAAACCCUCUAGCCUAAGCGUCUCGUUAGCGUGUAUCUACCUCGGCCUAUUUAUUGUGGUGUAUCUUAAUAUUUAUUUAAAUUAUUCUACUUCGUUGUACUACUUACCUACCUAGCGGCUUGGUUAUGUAGAUUCAUAAGUAUUCACCAGUAAGUAAGUUUUGUAGUGUGUAUGUGUACCGUACUUUACUGGACUCUGCGUCUGUAGGCAUCCAUCGCGGGGCCUUCUCUGAUCCACUCUUUCGUUCGCUCCCUGUCUAGCAACCUAGGAUAGGAUCGUUCGUUCCGGUCGGAUUAGAUAGCUGUCCCUGUGUCGAUGUCGCAAGUAGAAUGAGAGAAAAUAAAAGGCGAAAUCCUUGAGUAAAAACCAAAAAAAAAAUGGGCCUCGUCCCGUGUUCUGAGUUUAGCUUCUUUCAACUCUUUCCUAGAGCUCUCUAGUUUUGUCGGUGGUAGUGGUGCUUGUAGCUAGUAGUCGCCUUGUCGCCUCUAAUCGGUGUUCGUCCAAGUCCGUCAUCGAUUGAUUUAGAGUCUUGUUCCGUUAGUUGCGUUCUCCGGUUCUCCAAUUUUCUAGUCGUCACGUCCCGUCUCGUCUCGCACGUAGUGGUGGUAGCCAUGUGUAGUGCAGGUUUUGCUUUAACGCCCAUAUGGGCACGUCUAGGUUGAGGAGAUUCACUUUGUCACUUUAGCGAUAGGUUUGCCUAGGACUUGUCGCGCAUUUCCGCCACCGUGUCCGCCACUCUGUCCGCCGCUCUGUCCAAGUAGAUUUCAUCUCCUUUCUUCAUCUACGGUCUCCGUGAGGGAUGCGCUCGUUCAUCAGAAAUCGUGUCGUCGAAUUCGUGUCGUAUUGCGCCGUUGCUCCAUCGCUGCUUUCCUCCUUCUGCUUCUCCUUUUCCGGUAUCCGGAUUGGAUUAGGGGAGGGUUUUCGGUACAACUUCUCGAGAAUUUGCGCUCGUCUUCCUUUCCUCUUCCCUUGUUUUUGCCGUUCUGCGCUCCGCUGUAUUAAGAUAGCCACAAGAGUACACGCGGCCUGUCGCAACAUACUCCAAAUUCCCAAGCAUCACUCCCGCGAACUGACGGUGCGCGACGGCGGGCACACACAUUAUGCGGUCUGCCUUGCACACCGACGUCGUCGUGUGUUCACAAGUAUUCCGACGACUACGACGAGCAACGCCUUGAUUUCUGAGCGCCGCAGCGCAACAUGAUCGCGCAAAGCACAGUCCGGGAGACUCCCGGGUU